GAAUAUAAAAUGAAAGUGAUGCGAGGAAUACAAGCCUGGUACUAUUAACCAGAGAAAUCUCUCUGAAAUCUGAAUCCAGAAGGAAUAAAACCAACGCAGAAAAUCUCUUCCACUUUCUUUCAGUUACUUGCUCUUGCUCUCUUCUUCAGCUUUCUUUUUCUUGAGUGUGGUUUUGAAGGGAAAAAAAAGAUGAACUCAAAUCACUUACUUCUUGAAGAACCUAUGAGAAUGGCUUCCAUUCUUGAGCCAUCUAAGCCUACUUUCUUUCCUGCAAUGACCAAAAUUGUGGGGACACUCGGUCCAAAAUCACGAAGUGUGGAGAUAAUUUCUGGCUGUCUCAAGGCUGGAAUGUCUGUGGCAAGGUUCGAUUUUUCAUGGGGUGAUACUGAAUUUCACCAAGAGACAUUGGAAAAUCUGAAGAUAGCUGUUAAGAGUACUAAGAAGCUCUGUGCUAUUAUGCUAGACACUGGGGGUCCAGAAUUGCAAGUAGUUAAUAGAACAGAGCACCCCAUUUCCCUUGAGGAAGAUACGAAGGUCGUCCUCACCCCAGAUCAAGAUAAACAAGCUACUUCAAAUCUGCUACCAAUUAAUUUUCAUGGGCUGUCUAAGGCAGUCAAGAAGGGCGAUACUAUCUUUAUUGGCCAAUACCUGUUUACUGGAAAUGAAACUACUUCUGUGUGGUUAGAGGUUGAUGAGUUGAGUGGUGAAGAUGUCGUUUGUCUAAUCAAGAAUUCUGCUACCUUGUCUGGGCCGUUGUAUACUUUGCAUGUCUCUCAAAUUCGUAUUGAUAUGCCCACUUUAACAGAUAAGGAUAAAGAGGUUAUAAGCACCUGGGGUGUUCGUAACAAUAUAGACUUCCUUUCUUUGUCUUAUACCCGACAUGCAGAAGAUGUUCGCCAUGCUCGUGAUUUUCUUUCUAAACUGGGUGACCUAAACCAGACUCAAAUUUUGGCCAAGAUUGAAAAUAUAGAGGGGCUUACUCAUUUUGAUGAGAUCUUACAAGAAGCAGAUGGAAUCAUCCUUUCUCGGGGAAACUUGGGGAUAGAUCUUCCACCAGAGAAGGUGUUUCUAUUUCAAAAAGCUGCUGUUUACAAGUGCAACAUGGUGGGAAAGCCUGCAGUGGUCACUCGUGUUGUGGACAGUAUGACAGACAACCUAAGACCUACUCGUGCUGAAGCAACUGAUGUUGCAAAUGCAGUGUUAGAUGGGAGUGAUGCAAUUAUUCUAGGUGCUGAGACCUUGCGGGGUUUAUACCCUGUUGAGACUGUUUCUACAGUUGGGAAAAUUUGUGCAGAGGCAGAAAAAGUAUUUAAUCAAGAUUUGUAUUUCAAGAAAACUGUCAAAUAUGUUGGGGAACCAAUGACUCAUCUGGAAUCCAUUGCGUCCUCAGCGGUGCGUGCGGCCAUCAAAGUGAAAGCCUCUGCAAUUAUUUGCUUCACUUCAUCUGGAAGAGCUGCCAGGCUGAUUGCAAAGUACAGGCCAACCAUGCCUGUGAUUUCUGUUGUUAUCCCUCGGCUAAAGACAAAUCAACUGCGGUGGACUUUCUCUGGUGCUUUUGAGGCAAGGCAAUCCCUCAUUGUCAGAGGCCUUUUCCCCAUGCUGGCAGACCCUCGACAUCCAGCGGAGUCGAAAAAUUCCACAAAUGAAUCGGUUUUAAAGGUUGCUCUAGAUCACGGAAAAGCUUCAGGUGUUAUAAAGCCACAUGACCGAGUCGUUGUUUGCCAGAAGCUUGGUGAUGCAUCAGUGGUGAAGAUCCUUGAACUUGAAGAUUAGUAUCAAUUUUGCAUCUGAUGUUCAUCAGAAGUUUUACAGUUUAGCAAGUCCAUGAUCCAAGGAAAGCAUAAAAAGACAUGUAUAGCAUAAAACAGUAUGCUUGACAUACUGACUUGCCUUCUAUAAAUCAUAUAUGAGGUAGCUAUCAUGAAGAUGCUCAGUCAGCAAACACAAUGAGUGUGCCAUUCUCAGUUGUGUAAGUCUCACCUACUCUUUUAUAACUUUGAACAUGAGGUUAUGAGGUUUUUAAGGUUAAAAAGUCUCAAGUACUAGUUACGGGGCUGCUGCUUAUCGGUUAUGAAAGGAACUUGAUGUUUAGUUUACUUUUUACUUGAA